AACUUCUAAUGAUCUAUAUUUUGAUGAUUACUAUCAAUCGUGUGUGACACAAUUUUUUGCCAAAUAAAAAAUUUACAUCAAUGUAUUUCAUAGUUUGAUCAAUUAUAUUAUUGUUGUUUAACUCAACUAAUUCGUAUGAAUAAUUUCAUUCAUGCACAGAAAUAGAAGCUAGAUGAGGUACUGACUGAUUGACACAUUUUAACCAACAAAAUUGGUAAACCUAACUUUUAAUAUUGCAAGAGGGUAUAAGAUCAAACAGAAGAGAGAUUGUUAGACAAUUUAUAAAACCAGAUUCCGUGCUUGUUUUGAAUAAAAAAAGAUAUUAAUAUUAGAGAAAAGAAGAGAAGAGUGAGUGAGACAUAAAGAUUUGGAGAUUCUCCACAAAAUGUGAAGACUUAUAAAAGAAAGGGAUCACAUGAACAGAACACCAACUAACUUUAAGUUGAAUGGAACCCAAUGAAGGAUUUUAUAAAGAAAUGUAAAGUGUAAGGGCACUCCACACUAAGUCAAGGUAUACCCUUUGGAUUUUUUUUAGUUAAUUAAAUAAUUUAAUUAAAUUUUGAAAAAACACUUGCCCCUAAAAAGAGGGGAAGCACAAACACAAAUGAUACCCUAUAGCCAUAUCAUAAUAUCCCAAACCUUUUGUAAAAUAUAUGUAUAAAGAGAGGGUUGGAGUUGGAGUGGAAUGGAAUGGAAAAAAGAUCUAAACCAAUAUCUUGUUUGUAUAUAUAAUAAGGGUACCUGUUUUUCAUGUUAUGCCCUCUUUUUUAAUUGAGCCCUCCAAUUGGGUGUACUAUAUACGUCCCAAUUUAUCAUGACAACGUGCACCAAGCAAUCGUUUGCCGUCCAAUUCAUCACCAUCCUUUCUCUUUUUCUUCUCUUCUCUCUUUCCAACAAGAAAGAAAGUGGUAGUGGUGGUGAUGAAGGAUGUAUAUGGGUUAAUAACAUAGUCGGUCACUAUACUUUGAGCUCAUUAACACGAUAGCUACUGAACUUGUGAUCGUUCACCAAAUGUCAUAAAGUUUGAAAGAUAUAACGUGGCAGUCAAUACAUUCAUUCUCAUCAAAUUUUGACUAACCAAAAUCAAAAUAAAAGGGGUUAUUUAUGAAUAUCGAUCGUGUAAUUAGCUAUUAUAGGUAAGGGAGGGGGAGGAAUCACGGUUAUUUAGGGUAUAAUGGGUUGGAAUUCGAUUGACUAAUGAGUUUAGUUUCGAUCAAGCUAAGUUUGAAUUCUUAAAUUGGUCAUGAACAUAAGUUGAUUAAGUUUCAUGUCUAUUUCUAUAAUUGAUUUGAUUGAAUUGAUUAGCUAACUUAGACAAUUUAGAUAAAAAAGAUUUAACAAUACAAUGCUAAUUAAGUUGAACCUCAAUUAUUUAGUCAUUCUAAGUUGGGUUAUAAGGACAUCGUGUGUGACCAAUUGACAUGCAUUAUUGUCCAUGUUUUGCUUAGUAGAUCCUCAAUAUCUAUAUAUGUCCAUAACUUGAACACCUAGCACCAAUCUAUGUAGUAGUGUGUGGCCAAUUGCACCUCUCCCUUUUCUUUUCCCUUCCUUGACUUUUUUCUCACACAUUGUUCACUUUGCUUUCCUUGGUGGUUCUUUAUAAUUCCCCUUUUCUCCCAAUCGAAUCCGUAGGUGGUUAAACCAAAGCUUUGUGCGUGCUUGUGGGUCGGAUAUGGUUGGCUUGAUGCAUUCAAUCAUGGAGAUAUGUGAGAAUAAAAUGCAAAGAUAGAUAGACAAGGAAGAAAGGUGAAAGGGAGAGAAUGAGAAUCCAUCCUAUUUUCCCCUAUCUUCAAAAAUAACAAUAAUGAUGUUAUAUGGUUCAUUGAAAGAUGAUAAUGCAUUGACGUUACUACUAUUGCAGUAUUGCCAAAUGUAAUUUUGUGAGAUUUGAGUAUAACACAUUUGUAUGAAGUCAAAUUUAUGAAAGAGACUAUCUUAUACCACCCGGGCCGCUCUUCUAUAGAAGAGUUUCAUGUUUUAAACAUUUUAAAUACGUUAUGUUCUAUUGGUUCAAAUAUGAUUUUCACAAAUUAAAACUUUCCAUUUCAUUUUUAAUAACAUAUAUUUUUGCCGCCCCGAGAUUGGUUAAUAAGUACAACAUAAUAAAUCUAGAAAUUGAAAGAGUACCAUACUUAUCAUCAAUCAAUUUCCAAUAUUAUAAAAGAAACCCCUUACUAUACACACAUCCUUGGUAUAUAUCUAUUUGGUCACAACUAUGUAGCAAUUUGAAACAUAUUAUCAAUGAUUCCAUGUCACAAUAUUAUUUAUUAAAUCGAAUUAUGUAUUUGGUUACGAAAGUGACAUGUGGGCUUUCUGCAGCCUGUACGUCGGCAAGACCCUCAUCUCCCAUGCCGAAUAUUGGCUUUAUAAUCACCGAACUAAAUUAGUAAUCCAAUUAAUUAAUUCUGCUAAUUAGUUUUUGGCCUCAAAACAAAUGUUUAUCUCCCCCAUGUGGGUGUGAUCUGCAGGACUCACUUAGCUUCAUAAUGAAAUAAUGACAUUGAUUACGGCAGUUUAGUUUAUAUUAAUUAACUUGACGCUCAUGUUAACGAAAAAUGCCCAAUUCCAUCGUCGAGGAUUUUUCAAAUUGAAACACAAUUAUUGUUAAUUUUAUGAAUUAAUUACUCCAGCUGGGACGACUAGUAGUGGCUGGCUUUGUUAACAAUGUCGUCCAAAAUGGAUCGAUUUGUUUCACUGUUCAAUUUUGUCGAAGCCGAUCCAAACGGCAAAGAAUAAUAAUAACAAUAAUAAUUCAGAUUUAUUUAAAUAAUGUAAAUCAUAAUGCUGUAUCGAUGAUGAUUCCAGGAGAGGAAUGAUCAAUGAAAACCCGUAACCUAAAUAAUUAAAAUAUGAGAUUAAAUUACUUGGAAUUGUCCAUGCCAUGUCGGUUUUAUUUGGAAGUCUUGCAUAAUUGCCGAAUUCGAGAGGAAAUUGUAUAUUUUUACGUCUAAUUUACAGACAUAAAUGAAGAGGUCAUUGUUUUUAGGAUCUCUUUAUAUGUCAUUUACCAUAGCACUACAAAUUGGAACUAUCGAGGGUGUCAAUGAGGAAGAAAUAAUGGUGACAAUUAGAGAUUUGACUAUGAAUUUUGAACGGUUUUUGUAUUUUUGUUUGGAGAUGAUGUUGGUUCUAGGUCACCAUGACUCAGAUAAUUUUGAAUAUGUUUGCUGUAUUUUGGAUCAUUAGGCUGAUACAAAGCUGGUAGACUUCUUACAACUUAUUUUAUUGCUAAACACUUGAACUUUAUAAUGAAGAGGUUGUGGAGAGGUGAUUAGUUUGCGACUUCCGUCGAUCGUAUGAACGAAAUAUGUAUUGUUUAAUUGAUUUGUUUUCGUUAUAGAAAGUUGAGACGUUUGAUUAACUCAUCAAGAAGAAAAAAAAAGGAUAAAAUUAUCGACCGAAAAGAAGAGGACAAAACAAUAACAGCCUCAUCAAGCACAUAGAUGAAUGUGGCUAUUGGGCAGCUUCGUUGAAAUCUCAAAACAGAAAUAAAAUUUCAUUCAUACAUAUAAUAGAGAGAGGCUUUGGAUUAAUCCAGUGGUUACCUAAUAAUCCAAUUUGAGUACAUUAAUCAAGAGAUUAAUCAAUGGCAUUGUUUUUAUGUGUGAAUAAAAUAAAACGUGUUGUUUUUUAGCCUGUUUCAAAUGGCUGCAGGCCCCAUGAUGGAAACAGCCUCUUGUGUUGAAGAUUGUUGUUUUUAGCCUUGACAAACAAGGCAAACCAAAAACCCUCUACAGUCCAAAACGCUAUGGAAUAAUAUGUUACUAUAGGCGAUUCCAAUGGCGGGUUUCUAUUUCUUUCUUCUUCCAACUUGAUUGAACAUGGCGGGGAGAGCAAGGAAAUUUCCUGUCAAACAAUACAAUGGGGGACAAAAAAAAAAUGAAGCAAUUAAUCAAAACCUAUUGAUCUCCUAAUCACAAACUGUGCCGUAGUUGCAAGACAAUUAUGUAGGUUUUAUUCCUGGACUUUUUCGUGUACCAAUCCGAACUAUUGACAAAAAAAAGCCUUCUCUUGCAUUGUGGUGGUUUUGUAACUCCUAAUAUAGAAUGGAGGAAAUGAGAGAGAACAAACAAACAAAUUAUUUGUGUUAUGUCUACGGAGUUGGUUGUCGUCCGCAUCAAACUACCUUGUGUACAACAUUAUUUAUUAUAAUCAUAACAUAUAGUAGAGCUUGACCGAUCCUUGGCCCUAGACACAUGUGUUAGGGUCGAGUUACGCGACUUAAGUACGAAAUAGAAAGGGGUUAUUUCCGGUAAUUCAACAAGUCGACGUUCACUUUGUCCAUUAAUCAUGAAUUGAAGCGUUCUGUCUCAAUCCGUUUUUAGAUAUAAAAUUCAUACAUAGAUAUUAAUUUGUUGUUUAUUUUUAUCUAGAGCCUGGUAUUAUCGCGCACCCAGAAUUAAUGGUUGUUUGUUGCUACUUGCUGCACAGAUGAAUACCUUGAUUAAAUGAAUAUUCCUUAUGUUGCGUUCAACGAUCUCUCCCCGUCUUCUUCUCCCCAACCAAAUAUAUUGCCGUACGUACAGAUAAUUCACAGACGUGCUUGAAGGAAGGCAGGCAGCCAAGAGAUUUGAAAGGCAAGUUGGUAGAGAUUUUGGUCAAACUAUUCUGUUAUAGAAAAGGGGCGGGGGUGUCAAUUCCAGUUCCAGUUGAAUUCAAAAACAUUCAGCCCGAAGAAAAGAAUGGCAAGAAAAUAGAUAGAGCCUUACAUGACCAGCAAAGCCCGGCGGCCACGAUAUAUUAACAAUUUGUGCUGACUACAUAUAUUCAGAUUCAUUCAUAACCGUAUGAACAUUUCUUGAAAUACGUGGAAUGGUUACUAUAUAUAUUUUUAAGGAAAACCGCCAAUUAUAUGUUAUGCACACGGUUUAAUUUGGAUUACUCUUUGUUCUAAUUAGUAGUUGGGAUCUGCAAAUUAUUGCCCAUAAAUACCAUAUGUAAAUAACGAGGAUAUAUCGAUCAUAAGAUACUCUAAUAAUUUACUUGGUUCAACAUGACAAUGCCUACAUCUAUACACGAGGUGUGGAGCAGUAGUCUUAUUGCACUAUUUGUGCAAGUCACAACGAAACAUGAAUUGUAGUGGUGCAGAAGGUUAGAGACCGGAUUGUGAAGAUCAUUCUAGACGAUGGGUUAAUCGCUAUUGUUAAGGUAAAAAAAAACUAUUUAUGAAGAAAGGCUAGAUGUUUUGUAUUGUUCAGGUCAAAAUGAAACACUAAGAAAAUGGUGUAAUAUAAUAUAAUUUGUCAUAAACCAACUGGUUCCGAUAAUUUGAAUUAUUGGAAGAGGUUCCUGUAUGGAAUCUUAACCACUUCUCUAUAUUGGUAUUGGCCAGAGAUAUGCUAUGGGACGAAGUAGACUCUUUGACGGGAGACUCGCCAUGACCCAAUAUAAUUAAGCUACUUCUGAUCACGUAACUAUUCUUGCGACUGCAUUGUUUAUAAAACACAACAAAAUAUAAAUUGUCAAGAAGACCAACCGACCGAAUCAUCAGGAUCAUUCGAGAAGACGGGUUUAAUCGCACUAUUGUUAAGGUCAAACCCUAGGAAGAGGAAGAGAUGUUAUGCUAUUGUUAAGGUCAAAACCCAAACCCUAAGAAGAAGGCACAACAUAAUUAAGCUUAGCUUCUUGCAAUGUAAAACCUAGCAAAGCUGGCUAAUAACAGUUAACAUUAUAUACUUGGAGAUUCCUUGUGCGAUAUUUCGCCGAAACUCACUCCACAUUACAACAACACGAAGGCAACCAACCGUACGUGGCAUAUGUUUGAGAAACAAGAAGCCAAAUAACGCUCUCUUCUAUUCUAGGCCUUUUCUUCAUUAGCAUAAUUCGAAAAGUACGGUGAAUUUUACAAUAAAGGAACAAUGUGAAUGGAUCUACCCUACCUAGCUAAGUUCGUUCUAGAUGGCAAAAACAAUCAAAGAGAUCUUUGAAUAUAAUUGGAGUUGUGCGAUUAAUGAUGUGAUUAUAUUUAUCCCCGUUCUUAUUAGCUGGCUUAAUAGGAUAUCCGGCAGCAAGAUAAAAGGCUGGUGAAGAAUAUGGGGUAACAAGAAGGAGAGGAAAAAGAAACAAGUAAUGUGGUUUACCAUAGAUUCAUUCUUGACAUGGUUUUCCAUCUUUGUGAUGAAACAUACCAUUUUAUGGGUGGUACGCUUGUGUACAUCAUCCGUAUUUUACUACUAAUUUCAUAUAUCGAUGUCUAUCGCAAAAGAAAAGAAUCAUUAAAGUGUAAGUUUUAUAUAGAAAAACAAGCCAAUCAAGAUUCAUUAACCUAACUAACAUCGUACGGUACUCUAUUCAGUCGUACAUACCAUUAUCAUGAUUAGAUAUAUACUGACUCAUACCAUUUAUGAAAAAUCAAUUAAUCUGCACACCAGUUAGGUAUCAUGUAUAACAUAGUUCCCUCUUUAUGUAGAUGUGAAAGAUACACGUAUGGUUAUUGAAAUGAUUUUUUUUAUGAAUUCAACGAAAAAAGGAGAAGUAAAUGGGUUUUACGUGAUAAAGUUGUAAUGCAUCGUGUAUUGAUUACAAUAAAUAUCACAAAACUACCGAAGUAGUGUUUUCAAAAUUACAGUUCGUUAUGUAACUAAAAACGGAUUCGUAAGCUGUUCAUCUCACCAUUUUCAUUUUUUAUUUAGAUUCAUUUACAAUCAACUCAAGUUCUCAACAAUACAGAAUACACUUAGAAACUAUCAACCAAAUAAGUACCAAGAAGGAUAAAAAUGAGUAAGUUCAAAAUAGGAAGAGAGGGUGGGGAAAAAAUAGGAAAGAUCGACCCGACCGGAAUUACUAUAAAGAACGGCCGCCCAGAUUACGAAACUACCCACGGGGAUUCUGCCGAAUUACGGGCAGCUCUGCGUUUGGUUGUGGAAUAGGAGUCAAGCAGGCAGGAUUAGGAGGAGGUAGCAAUAGCAAAUCCUCUAAUUAAUUAAUUGCCUAAUUAAAUUAAUCACACCCCAUAUUAGUGUGAUGAACGGACGAACGAACCUUUCUUUCUUCCUUUAAUUAAUCAAAACCCCGAUUUAUUACGUUAAUAAUAAUUUAAUAUCACUUCUUCCUAUUCUAUUCAGUAUUUAAUUUUAAUUGAAUUAUCUCGUUUUCUUUUCCCUUCAGGUAACCGAAUCCCAGAAUAGACAAAGAGAUCCUUAACCAAGAAAAAACAAAUCCCUUCUCUCUCUCUCUUCUUUAUCUUUGCUUUUCUUUCUCGUCGACAGCUACAAAUAUAUUUCUCCGUUCGCCAUUCCCCUUCUCAAUUCUCUCACUACUCUGUUUCUCUCUCUACCACCAAACCAUUCAUAAACCUCUCCUCUCUCCCACCAUUACCAUUCAUCAGUUCCCUUCACCGAUUUUGUAUGCCGCAACUGCUCAACUCUCAUUGAUUCUCUCCCUCUCUCUAAAUCUCUCCUCCCGCGCUCUUCGCUCCGACGCUCCCUUCUUCUUCUACUCUCUGUAAUGGCGGUCGAGGCCAGGCAUCUCAAUCUCUUCCCUUCCCAGCUCCUCGGCACCAGCCGGGAGAUAAUGAAUUCGAUCGAGGCGAAUAACAAUAUGUACGCCAGCCAGGUCGGGUUCGGCAUGCCGUUGUCCGGCACCACGACGGCGACGGAGGCUCUGCUUCCGAUGUACAACUCGGCGAUGGCCGACUCGAAUAAUUUCCUUCUUCCUUACCAUCAGCAACAGAAGAUGGCGACGGCGAUCAAGUCGGAGAUCAGUGGGCUCUCGACGUACAACAACAACAACAUCAGUCAGAUUCCGGCGUCGAGGAAGCGGCCGAGGGAUUGUAUGAACGGUAACGGAAAUCCUCUGUUCUCGUCGUAUCAAACGCCUCAUCAGUCGAAUAACAAUAACAAAGCAACCGGCGUUGCUCCGUUCUCGUUUCUCGGCCACGAUUUCUCCCUCCAGAUCCAGCAGCAGCAACUCGACGUCGACCGCCUGAUUUCUCACCAUAUGGAGAAAGUGAGGGCGGAAUUGGAAGACAAGAGGAAGAGGCAAGCGAGGAGGAUAAUCCAAAUGAUCGAGGAAGGAAUGCUGAAGCGGCUCAAGGCCAAAGAGGACGAGAUCGACAAGAUCGGGAAACUGAAUUGGGCGCUGGAAGAGAAAGUGAAGUCGCUCUGCAUCGAGAACCAAAUCUGGCGAGAUUUGGCGCAGAGCAACGAGGCCACGGCCAACGCCCUCCGCUCGAAUCUCGAACAAGUCCUCGCCGUGAGAGACGACCAGCACCACCACCAGUCGCUGGACGACGCGGCGGCGCUGAUGGACGAUGCCCAGUCCUGCUGCGGAAGCAACGACGAUUUCGAAAACCGAUUGGCCGGCCGGAGGGAGAACGAGGACGAGGCGCCGGAGAGCAGUAAUAGAAGCAGCAGGAUGUGCCGGAAUUGCGGGAAGGAAGAGUCGUGCGUGUUGCUCCUGCCGUGCCGGCAUUUGUGCUUGUGCAGUGCCUGUGAGUCCGGCCUCCAUUCUUGCCCCAUCUGUAAAUCCGCCAAGAACGCCAGCUUCCAUGUUAACAUGUCGUGAGAGAGAUCUCUCCGACGCCGGCGAAGCUCCGGCGGACUAAAAGACCAAAAAAAAACAGUUCAAAAGAGAUAAGAAAUUCAGGCGAAUUCUGAAGACAAAAAAAAUUGUUUAUUCCAUCUAUUGUUUCUCCUUGAUCUCAUCUAUUUCUCGCCUGCUUAGAUAUUAAUCUAACCUCUCUUUUUUUUAAUUUACUGGAAAUAUAUCAGUUGAAUUUUUGAUAAUACGAUUUAUCCUCCCUUUGUGUCAGUUAGACUUUGAGAAAUGAACUUUAGGAUCUGAUUUGUUAGUGAGUGAAAGUAGAGUGACCAUUUUGGAUAAUUACCGUCGUAUUUUAGCGGGGAACGUACGUAGGAGGGAAAAAGAAAACAAAGGACGUGGGCCCCGAAAAGGAAGAGGGCACAGGUACGGGCGUGAAGUAGGGUGGGGCCCAGGCAUCUAACCGACAGAUGGACCGAACAGAAGAGGAAUAGCGCGGGAGGGGCGAAGCGUGGGGAUUACGCGCGAGUGGAGUCAACGAGAAGACGGUGUUUGUGGGGGAAAGGGACAGGUGUGAGGCAAAAGCUGACACGUAGGACGCGCGCAAAUGUCGCUGUUGUUCUGCAGUUGUUUGUCUCAGUAAGUGGCGCCAAAAAAGAAAAUAUAACCGAUAGGAGAGACUGACGACCACCACUAUUUCCCUUUCUCUCUCCCGUGCGCACAUUACUGUUCCCCUUUUAACAUGAAAAACCGUAACCCAAAUCGUUUUAAAUUUUAAUGAAGUUUUUCCGUUACAUAUAGUCCUAUUUCGUAUUAGUUUUCACGCUACUAGUAAGUCAUCUGACGAAUUCUUCAUUAUCUUUGACUGAAUUGAACUAUACACGAUUUACUCGACUCUACGAAUAUGAUGAAGGAGCGAUGCACCCGAAGAUUUCGAGAUUAACCCGUUUGUCGAGGAUGAUUAAUUGAGGUGAAUGGGUGGUUGGAAGGAAGGAGCCCCGCCAAAACAGGCAAAGAAAAGGUGCCAAAGGCCAAAAAAAAAGAGAGAGAGAGUGAAAAAAAGGCACAGCUCUGUUGCCUGCCUGACAGAGUCUCUGGUGCCGUUGCGUUUGCUUAGGCUGUUUGCUGUGUCCAGCAGCGUAUCUUGGGGCAUCAUCCUUUGGCUUUAUUAUUCCAACCAAAGGCUAGCGAGCACGACGUCGUUGUCGUCAUCUCCUUUUCCUCUCAUUGUUGUUUCGUUGGUUCUAUUCCCUUGUGAAGCAACUCUCUUUCCGUUUCGAAUAUGGUAAUGGGGUAUUUGGUUUUUUUUCCUAUGGAGGAUGGUGAUGCGAUGACGACAUUGUAGAUAUCUUCAACGGGAGUGGGAGGAUGGAUGGAUGGUGGUGGGUCGGGAGGGUAUGUGUUAAGGAAAGUCGAGUGAUUGUAUACGUCGUUAUGGUUGGUUUCGGUCACGGUGAAUCGGUAUAAAGAUUAUCGUUAGAA